AUGACCACGCCGCGCGGCACCCAGCGGCGCGCGUCCGCCCCGCCGGCGGCCGCGGGCGGUGAGCCCUACAACAUCCUGCCCAUCCACGACCUCCUCGCCGAGCACCCGUCGCUGCGGUUCCCCGAGGUGCGGGCGGCCGCGGCGGCGCUCCGGGCGGUGGGCGGCCUCCGCCCGCCGCCCUUCUCGCAGUGGCGCGCCGACCAGGACCUCAUGGACUGGCUCGGCGCCUUCUUCGGCUUCCAGCGCGACAACGUCAGGAACCAGCGGGAGCACCUCGUGCUCCUCCUCGCCAACGCGCAGAUGCGCCUCUCCUCCGCCGACUUCUCCGACACUCUCGAGCCCCGCAUCGCGCGCCAAAUCCGGAAGAAGCUGCUCCGCAACUACACCUCCUGGUGCGGCUUCCUCGGCCGCCGCCCCUCCGUCUACAUCCCCGACGGCGACCCGCGCGCCGAUCUGCUCUACACGGGCCUGCACCUGCUCGUCUGGGGCGAGGCCGCCAACCUCCGCUUCAUGCCCGAGUGCCUCUGCUACAUCUACCACCACAUGGCCGGCGAGCUGCACCGCAUCCUCGAGGGCUUCAUCGACACCGCCACGGGCCGCCCCGCCAACCCCGCCGUGCACGGCGAGAACGCCUUCCUCACGCGCGUCGUCACGCCCAUCUACGACGUCAUCCGCGCCGAGGCCGAGUCCAGCCGCGACGGCAAGGCGCCGCACGCCGCCUGGAGGAACUACGAUGACAUGAACGAGUACUUCUGGCGCCGUGACGUGUUCGACCGCCUCGGCUGGCCCAUGGAGCAGUCGCGCCAGUUCUUCCGCACACCGCCGGACCGCAGCCGCGUACGCAAGACGGGCUUCGUCGAGGUCCGCUCGUUCUGGAACAUUUACCGGAGCUUCGACAGGCUGUGGGUGAUGCUGAUUCUCUACCUGCAAGCUGCCGCGAUCGUGGCGUGGGAGGGCGCGAAGUGGCCGUGGGAUGAUCUGCGCUCAUCCCGGGGCUCAAAGUCCAAGGACACACAGGCGCGCGUGCUCUCCAUUUUCAUCACCUGGGCUGCGCUCCGGUUCCUCCAGUCCCUUCUGGACAUCGGCACGCAGUUCCGCCGCGCAUUCAGGGAUGGUCGCACGCUUGCUGUGCGCAUGGUGCUCAAGGCCAUUGUUGCAGCCGCAUGGGUCCUUGCGUUUGCUGUCCUAUACAAGAGGAUCUGGAACCAGAGGUCAAGCAAUGGGCAGUGGUCGUCAGCAGCUGAUUCACGGAUCAUGAGCUUCCUCUAUGCAGCUGCAGCGUUUGUUAUCCCUGAGGUCCUUGCUAUCGUGCUCUUCAUUGUGCCCUGGGUGCGAAACGCUUUGGAGAAGACAAAUUGGAAGAUCUGUUAUGCCCUCACCUGGUGGUUCCAGAGCCGCAGCUUUGUUGGCCGAGGACUACGUGAGGGCACCUUUGACAAUGUCAAGUACUCCAUCUUCUGGGUGCUUUUGCUUGCCGUGAAGUUUGCCUUCAGCUAUUUUCUCCAAGUCAGGCCACUUGUAAAACCCACAAAAGAGAUAUACAAGCUGAGUGGAAUCCAGUAUACUUGGCAUGAGUUCUUUGGCCGAAGCAAUCGUUUUGCGGUGUUUGUGCUCUGGUUACCAGUGGUGUUGAUCUACCUCAUGGAUAUCCAGAUUUGGUAUGCUAUCUUUUCUUCUCUGACGGGUGCAUUUGUGGGGCUUUUUGCACAUUUGGGGGAGAUCAGGGACAUGAAACAGCUGCGACUUCGGUUCCAGUUCUUUGCAAGUGCCAUGUCAUUCAACAUCAUGCCAGAGGAGCAGCAGGUGAAUGAGAGCUUCUUGCCCAGCCGUCUUCGCAAUUUCUGGCAGCGAUUGCAGCUAAGGUACGGUUUCAGCCGAUCCUUUCGGAAGAUCGAGUCAAAUCAGGUGGAGGCACGGCGGUUUGCGCUCGUUUGGAAUGAGAUAAUAAGCAAGUUCCGGGAGGAAGACAUUGUUAGUGAUCGUGAGGUUGAGCUUCUUGAGCUGCCGCCUGAGCUGUGGAAUGUGCGUGUAAUCCGUUGGCCUUGUUUCUUGCUCUGUAAUGAGCUGUCCCUUGCACUUGGUCAGGCAAAAGAGGUUAGAGGACCUGAUCGCAGGCUAUGGAGGAAGAUAUGCAAGAACGAGUAUCGUCGUUGUGCUGUGAUUGAGGUCUAUGAUAGUGCAAAGCACUUGCUUCUUGAGAUCAUCAAGGAGGGGACUGAGGAGCAUGGCAUUGUUACACAAUUGUUCAGUGAUUUUGAUGGAUCCAUGAAGAUGGAGAAGUUCACUGUGGGCUAUAAGAUGACUGAGCUGCAUAAUAUCCAUACAAGGCUUGUUGCUCUAUUGGGCCUCCUUCUCAAGCCCACCAAAGAUGUUACCAAGAUAGUUAAUGCCUUGCAGACUCUCUAUGAUGUUGUCGUUCGUGAUUUCCAGGCUGAGAAGAGGAGCAUGGAACAGUUGAGAAAUGAAGGUCUUGCACAAUCAAGGCCCACCAGGCUUCUCUUUGUGGAUGCAGUUGUGCUUCCUGAAGAGGAGAAUGCUACCUUCUAUAAGCAAGUGAGGCGCAUGCACACCAUCCUGACCUCCAGGGACUCUAUGAUCAAUGUCCCACAGAACCUUGAAGCUCGUCGGAGGAUUGCCUUUUUCAGCAAUUCAUUGUUUAUGAACAUACCAAGGGCAACCCAGGUUGAGAAGAUGAUGGCUUUCAGUGUCUUGACGCCUUAUUAUAAGGAGGAGGUGUUGUACAGCAAGGACCAACUCUAUAAAGAGAAUGAAGAUGGCAUCUCAAUAUUAUACUAUCUAAAACAGAUUUACCCAGAUGAGUGGGAGUACUUUGUAGAGCGAAUGAAACGUGAGGGGAUGUCUGAUAUUAACGAGCUGUACAGUGAGAAGGAAAGACUAAGGGAUCUUCGGCACUGGGUCUCGUACAGGGGACAGACGUUAUCACGUACGGUGAGGGGAAUGAUGUACAAUUAUGAAGCUCUCAAAAUGCUGACUUUUCUGGAUUCUGCCUCUGAACAUGACUUAAAGACUGGGACAAGGGAGUUAGCUACUAUGGGUUCCUCAAGAAUUGGAUCCUCAAGGCAUGAUGGGGUUGCUGGUGGGUCAGGGUAUUACAGCAGGGCAUCUUCCUCUCGUGCAUUGAGCAGAGCAAGCAGUAGUGUGAGCUCCUUGUUUAAAGGAAGCGAGUAUGGGACUGUCCUCAUGAAAUACACAUAUGUAGUUGCAUGCCAGCUAUAUGGAGAGCAGAAAGCUAAGAAUGACCCCAAUGCUUUUGAAAUACUGGAGCUAAUGAAAAAUUAUGAAGCAUUACGUGUUGCCUAUGUUGAUGAAAGGCAGGUCAAUGGCAACGAAAAAGAGUUCUUCUCUGUUCUCGUGAAGUAUGAUCAGCAACUGCAGAGGGAGGUUGAAAUCUAUCGGGUUAAGUUGCCUGGAGAGUUCAAGAAGAUUGGCGAAGGAAAGCCAGAAAAUCAGAAUCAUGCACUCAUCUUCACAAGGGGCGAUGCAGUUCAAACGAUUGAUAUGAACCAAGACAACUACUUUGAAGAAGCUCUAAAGAUGAGAAACCUGCUAGAAGAGUUCAAUCGUUAUUAUGGAAUUCGCAAGCCUAAAAUUCUUGGGGUUCGGGAACAUGUCUUCACGGGCUCAGUUUCUUCUCUUGCUUGGUUCAUGUCUGCCCAGGAGACAAGUUUUGUCACUCUGGGGCAGCGUGUUCUGGCUAAUCCACUUAAAGUCAGAAUGCAUUAUGGGCACCCAGAUGUUUUUGAUCGUCUUUGGUUUUUGGGCCGAGGUGGUAUCAGUAAAGCAUCAAAAACAAUCAACAUUAGUGAGGAUAUAUUUGCUGGUUUCAACUGUACCCUCCGUGGCGGUAAUGUUACACACCAUGAGUAUAUCCAGGUUGGUAAAGGUAGAGAUGUGGGGCUCAACCAGGUCUCUAUGUUUGAAGCCAAGGUUGCUAGUGGCAAUGGUGAACAAACUUUGAGCCGAGAUGUUUACAGGUUGGGCCACCGAUUGGAUUUCUUCCGGAUGCUCUCUUUCUUCUAUACAACUGUUGGAUUCUAUUUCAAUACAAUGAUGGUUGUGCUAACUGUCUAUGCAUUUGUAUGGGGGCGCUUUUACCUUGCACUCAGUGGGCUUGAGGACUAUAUCAGCAAGAACACUUCCUCUUCUAAUAAUGCAGCCCUGGGAGCUGUCCUCAAUCAGCAGUUUGUCAUACAGCUAGGCCUGUUCACAGCUUUACCCAUGAUUAUUGAAAACUCACUUGAGCACGGGUUCCUCACUGCUGUGUGGGAUUUCAUGAAAAUGCAGCUACAGUUUGCAUCUGUUUUCUACACAUUCUCCAUGGGAACAAAGACACACUAUUAUGGGAGGACGAUCCUUCACGGAGGAGCGAAGUAUCGGGCCACUGGCAGAGGCUUUGUUGUAGAGCAUAAGAAGUUUGCUGAAAACUAUAGGCUCUAUGCUCGCAGCCAUUUCAUCAAAGCUAUAGAACUUGGUGUGAUAUUAACUCUUUAUGCAGCUUAUGGCAGUGCAUCUGGGAAUACACUGGUGUAUAUUCUGCUGACACUUUCAAGUUGGUUUCUUGUGUCGUCAUGGAUUCUUGCUCCCUUCAUUUUUAAUCCCUCUGGUUUUGACUGGCUGAAGAAUUUUAAUGACUUUGAGGACUUUCUAAACUGGAUCUGGUUCCGGGGUGGGAUCUCAGUUCAGUCAGAUCAAAGCUGGGAGACGUGGUGGGAGGAUGAAACUGAUCAUCUCCGGACGACGGGUCUAUGGGGCUGCAUCUUGGAAAUCUUAUUAGACCUUCGAUUUUUCUUCUUUCAGUAUGCAAUUGUUUAUCGGCUUCACAUUGCUGGUCAGAGUAGAAGCAUCCUUGUCUACCUUCUUUCAUGGGCAUGCAUCCUCCUAGCUUUUGUGGCUCUUGUGACAGUGGCUUACUUUCGAGACAGAUAUUCGGCAAAGAAGCACAUACGGUAUCGUCUUGUCCAGGCAAUCAUUGUUGGGGGCACAGUGGCUGCUAUUGUUGUGCUGUUAGAAUUCACAAAGUUUCAGUUUGUUGAUACUUUUACUAGUCUUUUGGCUUUUCUGCCAACUGGCUGGGGAAUCGUAUCUAUUGCUCUGGUAUUCAAGCCAUAUCUGAGGAGAUCUGAGAUGGUCUGGAAAACUGUGGUUACUGUGGCACGUUUGUAUGACAUAUUGUUUGGAGUAAUUGUUAUGGCACCUGUGGCUGUAUUAUCAUGGUUGCCUGGGCUUCAAGAAAUGCAAACAAGGAUCCUGUUCAAUGAAGCUUUCAGCAGGGGACUUCACAUUUCCCAAAUCAUUACUGGCAAAAAGGCACAUGCGUUUUGA